ACCUUUAGCACCCAUAAAUAACAAACAAACAAGAAAGUGGUUUGUCUGUACAGCAGCAAAGAGUUCUCUAACAGACCACUGCUACACAAGCAGGAAACCAACCUAAUCAACAACACACAUUUGAGACGAUGCUGAGAGUUGUGGGACAUCUGUUGUGUCUCAUUAUAUGCUGUCGGGGAGCUGAUGGCUUGACAGGGACACUGGUGGAACUUGGACAGAACACAACCAUAAACUGUUCUCUUAACAUAGAAAGUGCAUACUGGUACAUUCAGCACCAACCACAGCCUCCACUGGCCAUACUCCGCUCUUUCUCUAAUAGUAGUCCUGCUGCUUUUUACUACAAUAAGAAUUAUAGACAGAAAUAUUCAUUAGAAACAGGAAAUAGAUUGUUCAUACAGAAUGUAACAGUAGAUGAUUGUGGAGUGUUCUACUGUGCAAAAAAAGAAGAGGGUAGAUUGAUAUUCAGCAAUGGUGCCAGACUCAUGACUGCUGAUGUUUAUGCUGACUAUCCCAACCAGACAUCCAGCUAUCCAAACCAGACAUCCAGCUAUCCAAACCAGACAUCCAGCUAUCCAAACCAGACAUCCAGCUAUCCAAACCAGACCUCCAGCUAUCCAAACCAGACCUCCAACUACAGGUCAUCAUGGGAGAACUGUCUUCUGUUCAUUUACAGUGUUUUGAAUGUUAUUCUGAUGGUUAUGAUCCUGGUGCUAAUCUUGACCUUGCCAUGUCAGAACAGGAACUCUCCUUCAAAACUAGCACCAAGACGCCGAGUAGACCAGAGGUGCUGGUUGCCGGUUUGUGUGAUCCUGUUGAUUGGACCCCAAGUCUCUUCGCAGGUCAAAGUUGAAGGCUUCAAGGGAGAUAACGUUAUCUUGCCUUGCACAUACAUUGAGAAGGCGCUUACAAAUGUCACAAUUUUUUGGGAAAAAGGAGAUGAUGCGAAUGUCUACAGUAUUAUUGAUGGAAAAGCAGAUUUGGCCCAGCAAUACUCUCAGUUCAUCAACAGAACCCAUAUGUUCUCUAAUGAGUGGACAAAUGGCAACUUCUCUCUCCUACUGAUUGAUCUCAAUGGCAGGGAUAGUGGGAUUUAUUCAUGUUUCAUACAAACAGUGAACAUUCAUCUCGAGGUGGACCUUUCUGUCCAAGAGAAACCAACUCCUGAGCCUACAAAUGGCAGCAGCAUGAGCCCCAGAGGACAGAACCUCAGCCCCUUCCUGUUUCUCCUCCUCAGUCAAAUGCUCUACCUUCUUUGACCCACAGCAUAGAAAGUGGUCAUUGUGCCAUUUUAUGUGGCUUUGUUUUGCAACUUCUGUGUUCAAUCGUCUGAAAUAUCUUUUCUCUCUAUGUAUGAAAUAUGAAACUGCAAAUAUAGGCUACCACUUGCUAGAACUCUUUUUAGACGUGAUGAGUAAAUGCAUAACACUUUUUUAAACCUGGGUAAUCUGUGAAAUCAAAAUAGGAAAUAAGUUUGAAAUAGGGUUGAAAUAGGGUUGAAAUAGGGUUGAAAUAGGAAUGAAAUAGGAAUGAAAUAGGUUUCAAAUAGGAUUGUGUAGUGUGUCGCUCCUGUCAAUACAGCUUCAAUUACAAGUCUAUUAAAGUAUUUUACAGCCAAUUGACAGUCGUUUUGGUGAGAACUCGAGAUUGAACAUAAUCGUGUGCUGUUUUUUGUUUCAAUUAGCUUUUUCUUUUACUAAGACAUUUUCUUUAAGUUAAAGUAAACGUUCACUUCCUCAAUACUCGUGAAUAAAGUCUGUUGCUAUUCCUUUUUGCAAACUAUAGUUUGAUCAUGUUGUAGCACACUCCGUUCAGUCUCUCGGAUUCAUCACUCACUUCUCACCUGUGGUGCCUGUCCAUUCUGUAACAUUAUCCAUUCGCUUAUUCAUUUUGGUUUCAUUUUAAAAUGAUUGAAGUAAGUGUGUCUUCUGUACUAAAAUGUAUUUAGAAGGACUGAGAAGCUCAGUUCUGGUGACUUUUCAAAAGGACAUUCUACUUCUAAAUGAAUGAAAAUAAAAUUAUACUGACACCAUCUAAAAUAAAAUGUUCACCUCCAGAAAUGA